AAUCCUCAGAUGAACAGCAUGAGUGACUCAAGUGUAGUUGAUCAGCAAACUGUUAAGGCACAGGAGGCUCCACAACAUCUACUUGAUCCAGUAACAACACCACCAUAUAUCGAUGAAUAUACGCAAUGUAAGUAUUAAGAUGUUCACUCUAAUGAUCACUUAACUAGUGUAGAUUACAGGAAAAUGAGUGUCUACAAUUUACAUACUUCCAAAGGUUGAUUGUUAAAACUUGAUAUAAUCAUCAUAACUUAUGUUACUCUUCAAAAAAUGUAUUCCUUUUAUCUGUUAUUUGAAUCACUGUCAUUUUUCUCAUUUGAAAUGUAGCUGAAUAUAUGCAAGAACUGGAAAAUAUCAUGCGCAUAAAGCCGAUAAAUACAUCACAACCAGUGUCCACUACAAUUAUGACCACAGGGGAUGAACCACUUCAUACAGCUGUGCCUUCUAAUGAUCAAGUAUGGAAUGAUUAGUUACUUCUGUCAUUAUCAUUAUUAUGGACAGAUCUGUUCAAAUCUUCCAAAUCUACUUCCCUUCGUCUUUCGGCUGAGAUCUUACCUUGUUUUGGUGCGCUUACACCAUCCUAUUCAUCUUUUAGUGAGGUUUUUUUUUUUACUAAUUUUUUCGGAGACUUACAUUUUGUGAUAAUUAAAUAACCUCCAUUUGGCAAGAAAAAACCCAUGGAUAUUUAUUCACAGAUGUUAGCUGUUCUGGGGAAAGCUGGGAGUUAUGAAGCACAGAUGAUGUAUAGAACAGUGAGAGAACAUUCAUGUUUGAGGUUAACAAAACCUCAAAAUGCAACAAAGGUCUCUCGAUUUAAAAAUUGUUUAGGCCUUGAAAAUAUGCUCAUAACGUUUAGUCUGGAAUUCAAAAUGAUUGUGUGGAAAAAGUUCAUACAAGUCAUUCAGUGGCACAGGCAACUCCAGACUUGAUAGAAAUUUUUACUUCGUCAGUUUUUGAGGUCAUCAAUCUUAAAUAAAGAAAAAAGAGUGAAAAAAAUUGGUUGCAUGCAACCUUACUUUAGUACCUCUUGAAAUAUGAUGUAGAUGUAACUCAGUCAAUAAUAGUGAGGCAGGUGGUAGUGGAAUUUAAUUCUUCAUCAUGAAUGAAUGUGUAACUUUUCAUAAUUCUUUUAUUAGGCUCCAGGUACAAGUCAAAUAAGACCAUAUACAAUGGAAUAUUCAAUACUUGGAAAUCCUCAGAUGAACGGCAUGAGUGACUCAAGUGUAGUUGAUCAGCAAACUGUUAAGGCACAGGAGGCUCCACAACAUCUACUUGAUCCAGUAAGAAUUAUUAUGCACUGAUCUGCUCAAAUCUUGAACAUCUACUUCCCUUCGUCUUCUGGCUGACAUCUUGCCUUGUUUCUGUCUGCUUGCACCAUCUUUUAGAUAGUUUUUUUGAAAGGAAAAACUUUCAGAGUGUUGCGCAUUUUGUUAAAUUAAACAACCUCCAUUUGGCCAGAAAAUAUUCACAGAUGUUUGUUUGUGGAAAAAACUGGUAGCUACAAAGGACAGAUAAUGUAUAAAACAGUGAAAAAACUUUCAUGUUUGAAGAUAGCAAACCCUCAAACAUGCAGCAAAUUUCUCACUAAUUAAUAAUUGCUAAUGCCUUCAAAAUAUGCUCAUAAUGUUAAGCCUAAAUUUAAAAUGAUUGUUCAGAAAAAGUCUAUACAAGUCGUUCAGUGGGCACAGGAAACUCCAGGCUGGAUUGAAAUUUUAACUUCAUUGGUUUUUGAGGUCACUAAUCUUAAACAAAGAAAAAAGUGCAAAAAAUUGGUUAGAUGCAACUUGAUUUUCAGACCUCUCAAAUAGUUGAAGGCCCUUUUUUCUACCACCUUGUAGUAAAUUAAGUUGUUGGAAGCAAAGUAUUUUUAGUGUUUGCUGGAGUAGGAUUUGUUUGUGUAUUGAGGUUGGAUUUUAUGUGGGAAAAAACUAGGAAUUAAUAAUUUUCCAGUAUUCUUAGUUGGUAUCACAUCCCACAUGCUUGUAUAUGCAAAUUAUAAAAUAGUUAAAUAUAGUGUGUUGUCAUACAAACCAUCUCAGUCUGCACUUACCAAAAUGUCAUGAUGUCUUACAAAACAGAUGGAGGCAGCAUCUUAUAGAUCUGAUGAAUCUACUAAAGGAAAAGAAAUGGGGAAAUCACAACCUAAAGGGAUGAGUGUUGUGGUUUUGAAAAGUGAAGAUGUUGCUAUGAAGGGCACUACAGUAUUCUUCCCAAACAAUAUUGAAAUGGCUAAAAUCAAGAAACCACAUACAGGCCAGUUUAAAACUGGUGUACAGAUUUCUUCAGCAAUGAGUGCUGCUGAAGUAGAGAAAGAAUUGAAAAACAAUUUCCCUAUUCUAGUAGGAGAUAAAACACAAACUUUAAGGUAAGUUUUUUACUUUUGCUUCAGAAGGACUAGUCUUAAUGCUACAUGUACAUACAUUGUGUACAUCACAGUACUUGUACAGCCAAUUUAUCAUGUACUUUGUAAUAUUUUCUGUACUGAGAUGUGGGAGGGGGAUGUGCCUUUCCAAAAAUUUUUGGGGGGUUACAGCCCCCCCUCCCUCCCUCCCUCCCUCCUCUGCCUACCUUGUUCCACCACCUAUGGCAACCUUUCAAUUUCAUAAGAGUCAAUUCUGGCUGCACAUGCACUUAGUUAAGGCUCUGGAAUCAAGCCAGUACAGUAUUGUAGAGUAGUGAUCCUUCUGACCUACUUAGUUUAAACUGCAUUCAGACAACAUAGCAGUUAACUAAACCAGACAGGUUGUUGACUUGCUCUGAUUUUUUUCUAGUUUCUAUUGUGCCUCACGCAAAUUAAAGGAAGCAUACAAAUUAUUUUUCCAUGGUGCUCCAACAGUUUGGGAUGGAAAAUUUAUCAAAAAAACCAUUCAAGGAAAUUCGACUCUCUAUAUUUUAAUGGAGGUAUUGAUUAAUCUCCUUGUUAAAUAAUGAACUAAAUUUAUUUUGUUAUUUGUGUAAUAUAUAAUCAGGCAUUAAUUGUUGGUUACAAGUUAUUAUAAUUCUAGUUUUUUGUUACUAUCUGGGGUCUGGCAACAAUAAAAAUAAAACCAAAGCUUAGAGAGAAAAGAUGAUGGUGCAGAAUUGAUGGAAAUGGUAUGAAAAAAGUGGAUAUUAAAAUUUCUGGAAGGAAACAUAUAGCAAAAGUGUAAUUAUCAGGAGCCUCUUAGAUUGGUGAUCUUUUCCCUCACUCUCAUGAUCACCUCAAUGUGUGAUUCAGAGAUGAUGGUAGAUGCAAGUCACUCUUACAGGUCAAAGGGUUAUUAUUUACUGACGGUACAUCAAGCAUGGGGUUAAAAUUGCAUUUCAGUUUGAUCCUCAGAUGAAAUGCAAUUCUUUCAUUGUUAGUUUUGAAGGGACUUUGUUUUGUCUCAGGCUUUUGGGGUCUCAGGGGUGACUUGGAUGUAACUGGCCUUAGGGUUCAAAAAGUCUAGUUCCUUUUCAAAAUACCCUUUCCACCCUGCAAAAAGUGUUGAUGUGUAGUUGAUGUGUAAGCUGUCUUUGUUAGGUUCCUGAAUUUAAUCAUCUAAAUUACAGAAGUUGUCUAAGGCAUGCUUUAAUAGGACAGUGAAAGACCUUUCACGUUUGAGGCUUGCAAGCCCUCAUACAUACAACAAAGGUCUCUCUAAUCAAUACUUGCUUGGGCCAUGAAAAUAUGCUCAUAAGUUUUAGUCUUUUUUUUAGUUUGGAAUUCAAAAUAAUUGUUUGGAAAAAGUCUAUAAAAAGUCAAUCAGUGGCACAGUCAACUCCAGGCUUGAUUGGAAUUUUUACUUCAUAGGUUUUUGAGGUCACCAAUCUUAAACAAAGAAAAAAAAAGUGUAAAAAAUUGGUUGCAUGCAACUUGCUUUUAGGACCUCUUGAAAUAGUUGAAAGCCCUCCUUUGUGCCACCUUGUCAUAAAUUAAAUUGUUAUAAGCAAUGUAUUUUUAGUAUCUUUAGGAGUAAUCUCUUAUUAAAUGUUUCAAGUUAUUUAGAUCAAGUUUAAUUAACUCAAUCUCUUGAGAUGGGCUCAGAUGUAACUCAGUCAAUAAUAGUGAAGCAAGUGGUGGACAGUGGAAUUUAAUUCUUCAUCAUGAUUGAAUGCAUAACUUUUCGUAAUUCUUUUAUUAGGCUCCAGGUACGAGUAAAAUAAAAUCACAAGUGAUGGAACAUUCAUCACUUGGAAAUCCUAAGAUGAACAGCACGAGUGACUCAAGUGUAGGUCAUCAACAGGAAGCUCCACAACAUCUACUUGAUCCAGCAACAGUGCGACCAUUUACCAAUCAAUGUAUGUACGGUAAGUCUUCAGAUCCUCAUUGUAACCACCAAGAGCAGAAUCUCAACUAUUGUAGAUUACAGGGAAAUGAGUACAAUUUACAUAGUUUCAAAGGUUCUUAAAACUUACUUUAAUAGAUAUAAUUUAUCAUAAGUCAUGUUAGUCUUUAAAAAAUGUAUUUAUUUUAUCUGUUAUUUGAAUCACUGUCAUUUAUCUCAAUUGAAAUUUAGUUGUUUCACAAGGACUGGAAAAUGUUGAUAAUGGUGUGUUGGCAAUGAGUACACCACAACCAGAGUUCACUACAGUGAUGAACACAGAGGAUGAACCACUUCACACACCUGGGCCUUUCAGUGACGAAGUAUGGAAGAUUAGUUACUACUGUCGUUAUCAUUAUUAUGCGCAGAUCUUUUCAAAUCCUCAACAUUUACUUCCCUUCGUCUUUCGGCUGACAUCUUGCCUUGUUUUGGUGCACUUGCACCAUCUUAAUCAUGUUUUAGAUAGUUUUUUUUAUAGAAUUUUUUUGAAAGGAAGAACUUUCGGAGCCUUAUGCAUUUUGUUUUAAUGAAAUAACUUACAUUUAGUAAAAAAUAUUCACGGACGUUAGCUGUUUCGGGGUAAUCUUCAAGCUAUGAAGGACAGAUAAUUUAUAGUUGCAGUAAGAAAACUUUCACAUUUGAGGUUAGCAAACCCUCAAACAUGCAGCUAAUUGCUCUCUGAUUAUUUAUUGCUUAUGCCUUGAAAUUAUACUCGUAACGUUUAGUCUGGAAUUCAAAAUGAUUGUUUGGAAAAAGUUUAUACAAGUCAUUCAGUGGCACAGGCUUGAUUGGAAUUUAUACUUCGUAGGUUUUUGAGGUCACCAAUCUUAAGCAAAGAAAAAAAGUGUAAAAAAUUGGUUGCAUGCAACUUCAUUUUAGGACCUCUUGAAAUAGUUGAAAGCCCUCCUUUGUGCCACCUUGUCAUAAAUUACGUUGUUAUAAGCAAUGUAGUUAGUAUCUUUAGGAGUAAUCUCUUAUUAAAUGUUUCAAGUUAUUUAGAUCACGUUUAAUUAACUCAAUCUCUUGAGGUGGGCUCAGAUGUAACUCAGUCAAUAAUAGUGAAGCAAGUGGUGGACAGUGGAAUUUAAUUCUUCAUCAUGAUUGAAUGCAUAACUUUUCGUAAUUCUUUUAUUAGGCUCCAGGUACGAGUAAAAUAAAAUCACAAGUGAUGGAACAUUCAUCACUUGGAAAUCCUAAGAUGAACAGCACGAGUGACUCAAGUGUAGGUCAUCAACAGGAAGCUCCACAACAUCUACUUGAUCCAGCAACAGUGCGACCAUUUACCAAUCAAUGUAUGUACGGUAAGUCUUCAGAUCCUCAUUGUAACCACCAAGAGCAGAAUCUCAACUAUUGUAGAUUACAGGGAAAUGAGUACAAUUUACAUAGUAUCAAAGGUUCUUAAAACUUACUAAAACAGAUAUAAUUUAUCAUAAGUCAUGUUAGUCUUUAAAAAAUGUAUUUAUUUUAUCUGUUAUUUGAAUCACUGUCAUUUAUCUCAAUUGAAAUUUAGUUGUUUCACAAGGACUGGAAAAUGUUGAUGAUGGUGUGAAGGCAAAGAGUACACCACAACCAGAGUCCACUACAGUGAUGAACACAGAGGAUGAACCACUUCACACACCUGGGCCUUUCAGUGAUGAAGUAUGGAAGAUUAGUUACUACUGUCGUUAUCCUUAUUAUGCGCAGAUCUUUUCAAAUCCUCAACAUUUACUUCCCUUCGUCUUUCGGCUGACAUCUUGCCUUGUUUUGGUGCACUUGCACCAUCUUAAUCAUGUUUUAGAUAGUUUUUUUUAUAGAAUUUUUUUGAAAGGAAGAACUUUCGGAGCCUUAUGCAUUUUGUUUGAAUGAAACAACCUACAUUUGGCAAAAAAAUAUUCACGGAUAUUUGUUCACGGACGUUAGCUGUUUCGAGGUAAUCUGCAAGCUAUGAAGGACAGAUAAUUUAUAGUUGCAGUAAGAAAACUUUCACAUUUGAGGUUAGCAAACCCUCAAACAUAAAAGAAUUACGAAAAGUUAUGCAUUCAUUCAUGAUGAAGAAUUAAAUUCCACUGUCCACCACUUGCUUCACUAUUAUUGACUGAGUUACCAGCAAUGUAUUUUUAGUAUCUUUAGGAGUAAUCUCUUAUUAAAUGUUUCAAGUUAUUUAGAUCAAGUUUAAUUAACUCAAUCUCUUGAGAUGGGCUCAAAUGUAACUCGGUCAAUAAUAGUGAGGCAGGUGGUUGUGGAAUUCAAUUCUUCAUCAUGAAUGAAUGUAUAACUUUUCGUAAUUCUUUUAUUAGGUUCCGGGUACAAGUCAAAUAAAAUCGCAAGUGAUGGAACAUUCAACACCUGGAAAUCCUCAGAUGAACAGCACGAGUGACCCAAGUGUAGUUGAUGACCAAACUGUUAAUUUACGUGAUCCAUUAACAAUGGCACCAGUUUCCGAUGAACAUUUGUGCCGUAAGUAUUGAGAUGUUCAUUCUAAUGAUCAAGAGCAGAAUCUCAACUACUGUAGAUUACAGGAAAAUGAGUACAAUUUACAUAGUUUCAAAGGUUCUUAAAACUUGCUGAAAUAGAUAUCAUUUAUCAUAAAUUAUGUUACUGUUUAAAAAUGUUUUCUUUUCAUCUGUUAUUUGAAUCACCAUCUCAAUUGAAAUUUAGGUGUCUUACAAGAAAUGGAAAAUCUUUCUCGCAUGGAGGCAACGAAUACAUCACAACCAGUGUCCACUGCAAUGAACAAAGAGGAUGAACCACUUCACACAGCUGUGCCUUCUAAUGAUGAAGUAUGGAAGAUUAGUUACUACUGUCGUUACCAUUAUUAUGCGCCGAUCUGUUCAAAUCCUCAACGUCUACCUCCCUUCGUCUUUCGACUGACAUCUUGCCCUGUUUUGGUGCGCUUGCACCAUCCUAUUCAUCUUUUAGAGAGAGUGAAAUUUCUUUGCAGUCCUCGCUGUGCAUGUACAACACGUUGUGACUUGCCAUUGUCCCGAAGGCGAGAACGGGGGGUUUCACGUUGCGACGAGAACGGGGGGUUUCACGUUGCGACGAGAAUGGGGGUGCUUAAUCUUUUUUUUCUAUCACUUUUAGCUUACUUCCGGACUAAUUCAACUUGGAAUUGAAGCUUCCAUAAUGAUUGAUUUUACCUUUUAAAUAAUGUUCUGCAAGCAUUAUGUGGCUAAUUUUUUUAAACUGUUUUCGCAUGCCAAACUAGCUUCCAUCGAAGAGGUUGCUUUCAUUCAACGGAAUAAUAAGUUGUCUUUUCCGAUUUUCUCAAUGUUUAACCGUUAGAUUGUUAUAGCUUGAAAUAACAUUUACGCAAUUUUUGCGAUUCCUCGCUCUUGGCCUUUCAUUUAGCAGAGAAGCUUUUUUAAUCGACUCAAAUUAAUCUUGUAUUUAAUGUGCAAAUCGCCAUGUUCACAAGCAGACAAAUACGCGCUUCUUGUACACACGACAUGAGUGCAUUCUUCGCAAAAUUUUUUUUUCCGAUACUUGAAUCAAAAUAGCUGGCAAAAAUAAUGAGUAUACAAUGGAUGACAAUUGAUCGCUUUAACAUUACACAUAUAACAUGUAAAACAAUUUCUGCCUUUGAUAUACCAAGGCAGAACGACUCAUAAGCUUAACAGUUUGUAAUUGUACGAAAUAAUAAUUACAAAAGGGAUGUGUCUAUUAUUAGAAAAGCUUUAAUUGUUAAGGCUUGAAUUCGUCGGGUUAUUUUUCAAAUACAGUGUACGUUUAAUUCGUAGAUGGAAACUUUUGGUGCUUCUAAGAAGAGGAAAGCUGAUCCAGAUGAGUCGCCAGAAGAGAAGCUGUGUAAAAAGUGGAGAAGUGGCAGCGACACAGUCCAGUUUUUAAAGAAGCAUAGUAAGAUGGAGUUUCAGUGUCAAAGAGAAGAGCUUGAAGCUAUGAAAUAUGGGCUAUUGCUUAUAAUUGAGCAACAGAAGCAACAGAAGCAACAAGAGAUGAUUUCUAUGUUGCAGCAACAGAAUCAACAAUUACAGCAACAGAAUCAACAACUACGGCAAGAGAAUCAACAACUACGGCAACAGAAUCAACAACAGAUGCAGCAACAACUGGAACAGAUGCAGACCGAGUUAAUGGAAACUCGGAAGUGUAUGACCACCUUACUUCAGAAAAUUUCAGAACAAAAAUAGAGUGCAACUUUAUUUUGUUGAACAUUGUUUCAAUGAGUAAUUUAGUGAACAAUGUUUGCAUCCUUCAGCAACUAAUCUAGAACUUUGUUGUGUUGUUAAUGAUUUUCAAAUAAUCAUCAUAUAAACUACGGUGUUAUACAAGGAUUUCAAGCCCUGAGAAAAGCAGUAAAAACGUGUUUGAUAUCGCUAAUCAGCUGCUGACACGUCACUCUCUUUUCGCGCCACUCGGACAGGUUAAUGAAUGAAAGGCAAAGCCUUCACCAUUCUCAAUCCAAGGUCGUUCGUCUGUUCGGAUUAUAGCUGCUAAAACACUGAAAAAUCCGUAUCGCUUACAGACAGUGACGUUCAAACUUUACUAAAAGGGAAAGAAACCCAAAAUAUGGAAAGAAAAACCGAAAGUUACGUAUUCAGUGGCUUUGGUAAAGGCAUUUAUCGCGGCUGAGAACGAAAAUCGACAACUGGAAAAUUUGCCACAGUCCGAUUUUGGCUUUAUACUUUAGAGAUUCCUUCUGAAAGUAAGGACCAAAUCAGUAACUGAGAAUUUUGUAUGUUGGAAAUUAUGCCCAUUGUUUUUGUAGUUUUUCAACGCAAUUUUUCAUCUUGAGCCUUAGCGCCAACGCACUUUACGAUUUUUAUUCGCGGAUUGUCGAUCCUUCUAUUUUAAUUUAUAAAUAAAGUUGACUUUUCUUGUCAGUAAAGGGCU